AUCAUGUUUGCGUUUUCUUUUGUAGUUAAGCACUCUGGAAGUGUUUCUUUUGAUGAGAUCAUCAGCGUUGCCCGUGUCAUGAGGCCACGAUCUAUUGCCAGGGAACUUAGUGGUACCAUUAAAGAGAUUCUUGGCACAGCUCAGUCUGUGGGCUGCACCAUUGAUGGUCGCCCUCCCCAUGAUGUCAUUGAUGACAUCAACAGUGGCAAAAUUGAAUGCCCAGCUGAGUAAAAAGGAUUGAAGACAAAAUAAAACAUUAAAAUGACAAAAGUGUUUUG